CGGCGACGCGGUGGCGCGGUUACACGUCCCACGUGAUGCGCCGGAGCUCGCCGGGCACUCGUCCCUCGCCGACAACUCAACGUUGCCAGAAGUUCUCCAGUCCACCGACCGACCACCACCAUGAGCAGCGCUACCUGGCGUAACGUCUUCACGUACAACAAGUACACGCAGAUUGCGGCCCGCGCCGUGAGGCAGUCGCUCAAGGAGAGCGAGCGUGUCCAGGCAGAGAAGCGCGGCCUCACCGCCCUGAAGUACCAACAUUGGGAGAAUGGCGUCGGUGGUCAGCAGACGUCCCUCUUCAAGCCCGUGGAGAAGGAGAUAAAGCAGGGUGUGGUAUAAUGAUGGGAGCCGCUCCCGAAAGAGCACCGUGUCGGCAGUCUUUGCCCGAAAACAAUAGCAUUGGUUCGCUACCCUGAUUGAAUCGCAUUCAUUUGCCACCGCAUGCCUGUCCGUCGACUUCCCCUUCGUGUGGUGAAGCAGUUACUCGUCGUUGUGACUUUUCACCAUACGUGGUUAUCGCCGCCUCUUCCACCGCUCUACGGAAUGUGCGACAGGAUCUCGACGCCUGCUGCACCCUUGUGCGGCAGCGUAUACGAUCAUCCCGACACUAGCCUGAAUCGAAUCAUUAAACCGGACAUACCAGAGGGAAUGCCUCCCGAAUAGGAGACGGAUUCUACAAUGUCGCGGCGGUGACUAUGUAAUUGACGUACGAGCUUGUUUUACGCGUGUUGAUCGCGAUCUCAGAGGAUCUUACGAGGUGCCUUGAGGCGUUAAUUCUAGGGAGUUCCGGGCUUCUCCUGUGGCCA